AUGGAAAUAACCACCCCACCCAAGGCCUCAAGCCUCGCCGACGGAUGGACACUCACGCCCGUCCCGGUGGGCCCGGAGACCCCACUCUCCGCCCACGGGAAGCACGAGGAGUUCUCGCACGCCAUGUGGUACAUCAUGGGUCCCUGCCGCCAGACCGGGUGCGUGGGCACGGUGGUCAAGUACCUGAUCCCAGAGGUCCUGCGGCUGCCCGGCGAGAGCUGGGAGGCGGAGUGCCUGGGGAUGCUGGUCUGGCUCGGACUGCCGGCCGUGCACUGGGCGUUCCAGACGACGAAGCCGGCGUACGGCGUCGUCCGCGCAGGGACUGAGACUCAGCUGUACCGCGAGGUGGUCGGGGAGGUGCCCGCGCUGCGCCCGCCCGUCCAGGAUGCCCCCUUCCCCACGGGCGAACCCCCGCGCACGAUCUACCGCUACGAGUUCCAGGGCCGCAAGACCUUGGACUGGAUCGAGGACGCACCGCUCAUCGCGCAGUGGACGCGGAUGGUCGAGAACGACCCCUCCUUUACGCCGGACAACGGGUCGGUGAUCAGUACCGCCAUCGCACCGCCUCGCGACGAGCUCCCGCGGCUCCCCGAGUCCCAGGCCGUCAGUUUGAUUCCCGGGGUAGAUCGCGUCAGAUGUCUGGCUAUUGCCGAGGCCAUUGAUGCGGCGUACAAGGCUGCGGGUGCAAAGGCUGCUGUUGGUGCUGAUGGGGUUGAUCUCAGUAGUGCUGAUGGGGCUGAUGCGAAGGGUCCCAAGAAGCCUUAA